AUGAAAACCGAGAGGACAUAUUGUGGCACGAGGGACGACUGGCGAAUUUUAUCCAAGGAGGUUGUGAUAGCAGAAGGCAAGGAUGUUCCUUCCGACUACUACGGUUGGCAUAUUUUUCCAUUGACGGGAAUCUCACAAGACCCCACCGACAUAUUGAAAGAUAUUAACACCACAGCACUUGGGGGACCGGAUCGUUCUGGCACGAUUGACUUUCUCUAUGACGAUGGAUAUCCGGAGCUGCAAACACUUUCGCUGCUUUGGGGAGCCGAAGCUCAGGGCUUCCAGCCUAGAGUUUCCCGAUCCAUCUCAGCAAUGACCGCUAGCCUUUUGAGAUCUCAACCUUUCACUAGUGAAGGCUAUGCGGGGGAGGGUUUCUGUCUUGCCAUGGGUAUUCUUGGACGCAACAAAGGCCUCAAGCCCAAAAAUAUAGUCUUCAAAAUGACCUCUUCCAUCUCGCCUGGUCUUGAACAAAAGUCUGCUUGGCGUCCACGACCGUCCAAAACACUUCGGAGCUACUACAAAAAAGCACUUGAAGCUCAAUACGGCGGUCUAGGAGAGGACUUUGUGAGCGCGGCGGUGGAAUUGAGCUUAAUACUCAUGGAUGCUGAUGAACCAGCCAUUGCGGCUUGGCUAAAAGCAGCAUGUGAACACCAGAACUUUGAGAUAAACAGAACUCUGAGAUCUCUCAAGGCAACCCCCCAUCAGCUCCGUGCUCAUUACGAGUCGAGCUAUGUAUCGAUGAUCAUCUCCAUAAAUAAUAUGAGAGACAAACAACUAGGUCGCAGAAAUCAUGAGCUAGCUCAGGCUAAGCGACCUGACAUUAUUUGCCUCGGGCUGCGACUCAAAGCCGAGGGUGUCAAACAUCCUCCAGACUGGUGGAACAGCCCCGAGAUUGAGGCUUAUCGUGCUGGGGAAAGAGACCAUCUAGAUCACGAUUGGUAUGACGAAGCUGCAAAGUUGCUCGGUCUUGAAUCGUACCCAAAUGGGUUCGAGAAUGGCCACUGGAAUGGUACGCCACAGCCACAGUUGGCAGCAGGCCAGUUGAACGAGCGCUCGGCGUCGGAUUCCAGCAAUCCCAGCACUAUUGUAGCAGCGUCAGGCUCGCCGAGGCCUGUCAUCAGCGACACUGCAAUCGGUACCGAUGGUAUAGAAUUACGACAGCUGGGGGUCGGUCAGAGUGAUAAUACCUCGCAGGAAAGAGUAACUGGUUUGACGCAGCCUACAUCGCAAAGUGACCGUGAUGUGACUCGUUGGCGUUGA